UGUUGGGGGUGUUGGUGGGGUUGGUAAUACUGGUUUGGGUGAUUUAGACAUGGGUAUAGGUGACAGGGGUAUUGGUGUUGGCACGGUGGGAAGUCAGCCCCAGGGCUCCAACAUCAUGGAUCAGAUUAGCUGUGUGGUGAACCGUUUCACCGCCAAUAUCAGCCAGCUCAACAACAUGAUGCUCCCUGGGUCGCCACCGGAGGGAGCUGACCCCCCUCCUCCGGGUCCAGGCCUCACCCCCGCCCCAUGCCCUCCUCCCUACAUCCUACCCCGCACCCGACAGCCAAAUACCACAGUCACCACCUACGCUGAAGUAGCAGCCAUCGCCGCCUCUAACCAUGGCAACCCCCGGGUAGGCGGGUCGGUCGGUGUGGUCUAUGGUCCUGGGGGCGGGGUGUGUGGUACUGCAGCGGUGAGAACCACAGAGCUGCUGGAGGAGCUGGCUGCUCUGGCCCCUCCUUCCCCGUUUAGAGACUCCUCCCUGGAUUCGCCUGGCGCCACGCCCCCCUCCCUGGCCUCGGAGUCUGCCCUGGGUGAGCCCUGUCCCCCGGGGAAAUAUGACAGACUGAUGCUACGGCACUACAGCCAGAGCUCCUCUUCCCUGUAAACUCCUCCUCCCCUUCCCAUUAUACUCCUCCUCUUCUUCUUCUUCCUCUUCCCUGUAAACUCCUCUUCCUCUUCCCCCUCUUUCCUAUAAACUCCUCCUCUUCCCUGUAAACUCCUCCUCCUCUACUAGAGAUGUGUUCUGUGGAAUAAGAGGUCAGAAUAUGAAGUUUUUUUUGGAGAUUUAGUUGUGCAAAAAUGGAGAAACAGGAAAUGAGAAGAGAGCUGUACAACAGUGCUGGAUGAGCUACACAAUAUUUAGUCAACUUUAUUUCCUUUCCUUGGAUAAGAGCCAUAGUUUCUCAGCCCUGAGAGUGUUGGGGGACACCAGGAGGAGAGACAGGGGGAGGGCCUCAGGACCGCAGUACAGCCACAUUAAAGACUGAAGGGGCCUCAGGACCGCAGUACAGCCACAUUAAAGACUGAAGGGCCUCAGGACCGCAGUACAGCCACAUUAAAGACUGAAGGGCCUCAGGACCGCAGUACAGCCACAUUAAAGACUGAAGGGCCUCAGGACCGCAGUACAGCCACAUUAAAGACUGUAGGGCCUCAAGACCGCAGUACAGCCACAUUAAAGACUGACUGGCUGACUGCCUGACUGCCUGACUGACUGCCUGGCUGACUGCCUGACUGCCUGACUGACUGGCUGACUGCCUGACUGGCUGACUGACUGUCUGACUGACUGCCUGACUGCCUGACUGCCUGACUGCCUGGCCGGACACCUGAAAAAUCAACAAAGUCUCAGUUUCUGAGAGCACAGAUGGACGACACAACAUGUGGAUUGUAACAGUUCAGAGCUCAGGUCCUCCUGAGUUAAGGCAUGUGUCUGGACGCACUGACAGCUGGGCAGUGGCAGGAGCAAUAAUCCACUAUGUCACACCUACAUCACAACCUCGUCCAAUCAGAGGUCACUUCACCAGACUCACUGCCUCCCGAUAGGUGUUGGGAGAUUCAGGCAAUGACUGGACCUAUUCCUGUUCUUCUUCCGUUUUAGUCCCUGCCCAAAACAGUGACACUUCAUUCAGUGGAACUCACUUCCCAGACAAAACCCCUGAAACUUGACACAACGUGACAAUAAAUCACCUGACAUCUCUGUGUGGGAGGAAUACCAGAGCAGUGCCAACAACUGUGAGGAAAGUUUACCAGAGCUACAUCAGGCCUGUCUUCUAGGACUCCUCCCCCAGCCUGAAUAACUCUUCUAUGACUCCUCCCCCAGCCUGGUUAACUCUUCUAGGACUCCUCCCCCAGCCUGAAUAACUCUUCUAUGACUCCUCCCACAGCCUGGUUAACUCUUCUAGGACUCCUCCCCCAGCCUGAAUAACUCUUCUAGGACUCCUCCCCCAGCCUGGAUAACUCUUCUAGGACUCCUCCCCCAGCCUGAAUAACCCUUCUAUGACUCCUCCCCCAGCCUGGUUAACUCUUCUAGGACUCCUCCCCCAGCCUGAAUAACCCUUCUAUGACUCCUCCCCCAGCCUGGUUAACUCUUCUAGGACUCCUCCCCCAGCCUGAAUAACUCUUCUAUGACUCCUCCCACAGCCUGGUUAACUCUUCUAGGACUCCUCCCCCAGCCUGAAUAACUCUUCUAGGACUCCUCCCCCAGCCUGGAUAACUCUUCUAGGACUCCUCCCCCAGCCUGAAUAACUCUUCUAUGACUCCUCCCACAGCCUGGUUAACUCUUCUAGGACUCCUCCCACAGCCUGAAUAACUCUUCUAGGACUCCUCCCCCAGCCUGAAAAACUCUUCUUGGACUCCUCCCCCAGCCUGAAUAACUAUUCUAGGACUCCUCCCCCAGCCUGAAUAACUCUUCUAGGACUCCUCCCCCAGCCUGAAAAACUUCCAUGACUCCUCCCACAGCCUGGUUAACUAUUCUAGGACUCCUCCCCCAGCCUGAAUAACUCUUCUAGGACUCCUCCCCUGGCCUGAAAAACUCUUCCAUGACUCCUCCCACAGCCUGGUUAAUUCUUCUAGGACUCCUCCCCCGGCCUGAAAAACUCUUCCAUGACUCCUCCCCCGGCCUGAAAAACUCUUCUAGGACUCCUCCCCGGCCUGAAAAACUCUUCUAGGACUCCUCCCCCAGCCUGAAUAACUCUUCUAUGACUCCUCCCACAGCCUGGUUAACUCUUCUAGGACUCCUCCCCCAGCCUGAAUAACUCUUCUAGGACUCCUCCCCCAGCCUGAAUAACUCUUCUAGGACUCCUCCCCCAGCCUGGAUAACUCUUCUAGGACUCCUCCCUUAGCCUGGUUAACUCUUCUAGGACUCCAACCCCAGCCUGGAUAACUCUUCUAGGACUCCUCCCCCAGCCUGAAUAACUCUUCCAUGACUCCUCCCACAGCCUGGUUAAUUCUUCUAGGACUCCUCCCCCAGCCUGAAUAACUAUUCUAGGACUCCUCCCCCAGCCUGAAUAACUCUUCUAGGACUCCUCCCCCAGCCUGAGUAACUCUAUGUCUCCUCCCCCAGCCUGGUUAGCUCUUCUAGGACACCUCCCCCAACCUGGUUAACUCUUCUAGGACUCCUCCCCCAGCCUGGAUAACUCUUCUGGGACUCCUCCCCCAGCCUGAAAAACUCUACUGCUCCUACUACUACUGUUACUACUACUACUACUACUACUACUACUACUACUGUUACUACUACUACUGUC